GCUUUGGAAGUUGGCUUGGAUGCCGGGGGUGAUGAAACCUUGAGGGAAUGCAAAAAGCAACGCCCCCAUCUCAGGUAUAAGAGGCGAACACAGACAAGGAGCUGCUCACUCUCGCAAGUCUUUUAGAACAUAGUAAGGACAUCUCUGGGUGACUCUCCAUUUCCUCGCAAUUAUGUCCACUAUCAGGAAAUACACCUCUUCUUCUUCUGUCAAGGGCUCUUCAUUUGGUGGGGGAUCCUCUCGGCUCUCCUCCGUCCAUCUUGGUGGUGGGUACAGAGCCCCGAGCAUCCAUGGUGGAGCUGGUGGCAUCUCCAUCUCUUCCUCCCGCUAUGUCUCUGGAGUAGGAAGUGCUCUUGGUGGUGGCUAUGGGGGCAGCUACUGCAGCAACUUUGGUGGAGGCAUUGGCAGUGGCUUUGGUGGAGGCAUUGGUGGAGGUGUUGGUGGCUUUGGUGGAGGCUUUGGUGGUGGCUUUGGUGGAGGCUUUGGUGGAAGCUUUGUUGCUGGUGGUGGUGAUGGCCUCCUGCUUGGUGGGGGCGAGAAGGAAACCAUGCAGAACCUGAACGACCGCCUGGCUUCCUACCUGGACAAGGUGCGGGCGCUGGAGGAAGCCAACACUGAACUGGAGGUUAAGAUUAAGGAGUGGCACAUGAAGCAAGCACCUCGUCCAGACCGUGACUACAGUCCAUAUUUCAGGACCAUUGAGGAUCUGCGGAGCAAGAUAUUAGCUGCCACUGUUGACAAUGCUAGCAUUGUCCUGCAGCUUGACAAUGCCCGCCUGGCUGCCGAUGACUUCAGAACCAAGUUUGAGACAGAGCAUGCUCUGCAUAUGAAUGUUGAAGCUGACAUCAAUGGGCUGCGCAGAGUUUUAGAUGAGCUGACACUGGCUAGGUCAGAUCUGGAAAUGCAGAUUGAGAACCUGAAGGAGGAGCUGGCUUAUCUCAAGAAGAACCACGAAGAGGAAAUGAGUGUUUUCCGAAGCCAGCUGGGUGGAGAAAUCACAGUGGAAAUGGAUGCUGCUCCUGGAGUGGAUCUGACCAAGAUCCUGUCAGAGAUGCGUGAACAGUACGAGACCUUGGCAGAGAAGAACCGCAAAGAUGCCGAGCAGUGGUUCUUCAGCAAGACUGAAGAGCUGAACCGUGAAGUUGCCGCCCAUACAGAGCACCUGCAGACCAGCAAGACGGAGAUCACAGAGCUGAGACGCACCGUUCAAAGCUUGGAGAUAGAGCUGCAGGCUCAACUCAGCAUGAAAGCGGCUCUGGAAGGCAGCCUGGCAGACACAGAGGCCCGCUACGGCUCCCAGCUCGCCCAGAUCCAGGCUCUGGUCGUCAGCGUGGAGGAGCAGCUGGCCGAGCUGAGGUGCGACAUGGAGCACCAGAACCACGAAUACAAGAUCCUCCUCGAUGUCAAGACCCGCCUGGAACAGGAGAUCGCCACCUACCGUCGCCUGCUGGAGGGAGAGGACACCCACAUCACUUCCCAGUACAAUUCAGCUGUGACUGGAAAAGAUGUGACAAAGACCUCACGCCAAGUCCGCAUGAUUGUUGAGGAGCUUGAAGAUGGGAAGAUAGUCUCUUCUCGUGAGCAGCUCAAACAGUCCACUUACUGAAAAGAACUGACUGUCCUCAAUGCCCCAAGGCUGAGAUACAACUGAGAAAGUUUAACACAGCAAUAUCUUCGUGUGUUCUGUAGUAUGUCUUCAUUUAAAAAAAAAAGUUAUCAACAAGUUUUCCAAGUUAACAAAAACAAUAGACAUGUUCUGAAUGUAUAUGUUUGUGUAUGUAACCUGCACAGAAGGAAGAAAACACACACUGUUAAGUGACCUUUACAGUCAAGUGCCUUGUUUGUUAACAGUUAAUAAAGCAUGGUGUUCCUGAUCAUACAAAA